AGUCAUCCAAGAAAGGCAGGAGCUGAAUGGAACACACUCCUACUUCCUACUCCUGGGAAAAGCAGAAUUAGCUCAGAAAAUCAGAAUCAGAAUCAGAAUCAGCUUUAUUCUCCAAGUGUGUGCAGACACACAAGGAAAUGUAUCGUGGUUUUUAAGGAAACAUUCUACGAUGCGCUGUAGAUCAGGGAACAUCUACAACUGGUCCUCGUCACAGCGUAACACAAGCCAGGUUCCUCUCAGCAUGCAGAGCAGCAUCAUGGAUCUUCUCAGCACAAGACUGAGUCGAGAACAGCUCCAGGCCAAUUACCAUAAACUGGAUCUGCACAAAAAGUCUUCUUUCUCCAUCAGGUUGUUGCAGCUGGACACCUCUCAGCCAGGCGACCAGCAAUACGUCCCCAACUCCUCCCUAAUGAACUUCAUUGACAUGUCAAGGUUCCAGCGUGUGAAGAAGGAUGGCAGCAGUCAGGUGAAGCUCCAGCUAGAGCUGCUUGAUGUGUUGCAUAAAGAGUUAAUCCAGGGUCUCCAGGAGCUGGAGUACAUCUUGGCUCAAAAAGGUGGCGUGUCCCAUGAGCUCAGUGGAGCUGAAGUCCAUGAGAAGAUCCGCAGCCUCCAGGAGGCAGCUGAAAACUUUGAUGCAGUAAUGAUUCCUGGGAAGCUUUGUGUCAAACACAGGCUGAUCCCCGAGCCAGAAAGUAGUAGUUUGCCGCAGUUCCAGCUGGUGCUGGAGGCCAAGAAGCCGGUGCUAUUUAACAGAGAGAAAAGCCAAGCCUUUUGUGAUUCGGUGGUUCUUCACUGGUACAUCGCUGAACAGGAGCAGUACAAUCCAAUUGAGAGAUUCGAAGUCUGUUACAGAGCCACCGAUAGAACUGACAAAAAAAUGACAAACCCCAGAGCGUUGCGCUAUGUGUCCUGCUCAAGCUUCAAGGUUACAAUCAACAAUCUGAUGCCAGAGUGCAGCUACGAGUUCAGUGUGAAGAGAUUGGACAACAUUUGGCUGGUGUACAUGGACUGGAAUGACACCAUCAUCCUCAGGACCACCUCACCACACACCAUGACCACACAAUGAACCUUCUGUACCCUACAGAGAUGUGUCUUAAUGCUACAAUUACUUAUCUUGGUUGUAUAUUCUAUUAAAUAUCUGAAAAAAGUCAA